AUGACAAACUUAGAAAACAUCUGCGGUAAAUUUAACUCUUCAAUAGAGAAUAUGAAACUUAUAGUAUGUAACGAACUUCAAAGUAUAGAUACAACAAAGGUUUUAAACUCAGAUGCUUUGAAGAGUCUUAUAACAGACAAAGUUGGAGUUGUUGAAAGAAAAUAUAAAGACCAAAGAGUUUGUGAAAAUGUUGCAAAUUUCAUCAUGGUUUCAAACAACGUUCCGAUGAAGUUAGAAAGUUCUGACAGAAGAUAUGUAGUUGUCAGAACGUCAGAAGCUCAUAUGCAAGAUACAGAAUAUUUUGACGACUUAGCAGAAACUUUGACAUCUGACUUUUACAACCACUUGUUCUCAUAUUUCAUGACAUUAGAUAUUUCUAAGUUCAAUCCAAGACAAAUUCCACAUACCGAAGAGAGACAAACAUUGUUAGAAGCAAACAAGAGUGUUUAUGAACUGUUCAUAGAUGAAACUGACUUUGAGUGUUUAGAUGAAAGGUCAUUGUACGAUUCAUAUAAACAGUAUUGUCAAGAGUAUGGUUAUAUGGCAGCUUCUAAACGUACAUUCUUGGCAAAUGUCAAAAAUCUUUUAGAUGUUCAGAACGGCGUAUAUACAAAGAAAAAUUUUUAUGAGUAA